CGGCCGAUUGAAAAUGAUCCAAACCAGAAAUAUGUAGGCUGGGGACCCUGAAUCACCCCCAGGAUGGACUUCCUGGUUCUCUUCUUGUUCUACCUGGCUGUGGUGCUGAUGGGUGUUGUUACGAUAUGCAUCUGCUCAAAAACCCAUUACCUGAGAGGCCUGGUCAGAGGAGGAGCCCAGGUAAUUUCCUGUAUAAUUCCAGAAUGCCUUCAGAGAGCUAUGCGAAAAGUGCUUCAUUACCUCUUCCACACACGAAACCACACCUUCAUUAUGCUGCACCUCCUCUUGCAAGGGAUGGUUUAUGCUGAAUACACCUGGGAAGUAUUUGGCUACUGUCAGGAGCUGGGGUUCUCCCUGCAUUACCUUCUCCUGCCCUACCUGCUGCUGGUUAUAAACCUGGUGUUUUUCACGCUCAGCUGCGUAAGCAACCCUGGCACUAUAACAAAAGCAAACGAGUUUUCGUUACUUCAAGUUUAUGAAUUCGAUGAAGUGAUGUUCCCAAAGAAUAUGAAGUGCUUCACUUGCAAUGUGAGGAAACCAGCGCGAUCCAAGCACUGCCGUGUGUGUAACAGGUGUGUGCACCGUUUUGACCAUCACUGUGUUUGGGUGAACAACUGUAUCGGGGCCUGGAACGCCAGGUACUUCCUCAUCUACCUCUUGACGUUGACGGCCUCAGCUGCCACCAUGGCCGUUGUGAGCACCGUGUUUCUGGUCCAGUUGGUGGUGGUGUCGGACUUGUAUCUGGAGACUUACGUUGAUGACCUUGGACACUUGCAGGUUAUUGACAUUGUCUUUCUUAUUCAGUACCUGUUCCUGACCUUGCCAAGGAUCGUCUUCAUGCUGGGUUUUGUUGUGAUGCUGAGCUUCCUCCUGGGGGGCUACCUGUGCUUCACUUUGUACCUGGCUGCCACCAACCAGACCACUAAUGAGUGGUACAGAGGUGACCGGGCCUGGUGCCACCAUUGUCCCCACGUGGCCCGGCCCCCAUCAGCAGAGCCCCAGGUCUACCGGAACAUUCAUUCCCAUGGGCUUUGGAGCAACCUUGGAGAGAUCUUCCUACCUGCUGCUGCACAUUGUGCUGAGAAGAUGAACUAA